CGAGAGCAGCGUUCUCUCCACCGGAUGACGAGCGCCGGAAAACAUGGAGUCGGGCAAGAUGGCGCCUCCCAAGAACGCUCCGAGAGAUGCCUUGGUGAUGGCACAGAUUCUGAAGGAUAUGGGAAUUACAGAGUACGAACCAAGGGUUAUAAAUCAAAUGUUGGAAUUUGCUUUCCGAUACGUGACUUCAAUUCUGGAUGAUGCAAAAAUUUAUUCAAGCCAUGCUAAGAAACCUAACGUUGAUGCAGAUGAUGUGAGACUGGCAAUCCAGUGUCGGGCUGACCAAUCUUUUACCUCCCCUCCCCCAAGAGAUUUUUUACUGGAUAUCGCAAGGCAGAAAAAUCAAACCCCUUUACCGCUGAUUAAGCCAUAUGCAGGACCCAGACUGCCGCCUGACAGAUACUGCUUGACAGCUCCAAACUAUAGGCUAAAGUCCUUAAUUAAAAAGGGACCUAACCAAGGACGACUAGUUCCACGGUUAAGUGUUGGAGCUGUUAGUAGCAGACCCACCACUCCAAGCAUAGCAACCCCACAAACAGCAUCUGUCCCAAAUAAAGUUGCACCUCCAGUGUCAGUGACAAGCCAAAGAUUCACGGUGCAGAUUCCACCUUCUCAGUCCACACCUGUCAAACCAGUUCCUGCAACAACUGCAGUUCAGAAUGUUCUGCUUAAUCCUUCAAUGAUUGGGCCCAAAAAUAUCCUUAUUACCACCAACAUGGUUUCAUCACAGAACACAGCCAAUGAAUCAAACCCACUGAAGAGGAAACAUGAAGAUGAUGAUGACAAUGAUACUAUGGAUUCAAAGAGGAUGAACAAGGCCCAUUAAUUCUGAAAUCCAAAAGACAAGAUUUGCUUAAUGGAUGAGUGAAUUAUAAAUCAAGGAAUAGCUUGCUUUUAUUUAGAAUCAGCAUGUGACUCGUCAUAAUGAAACCAAAAUAAAUAUGAAAGAAAAUAUGGGUUUAAAUCUGUUAAUAACAUAACAUGCUCUUUUUAAAUUACUUUUAUUGGAAUAUAGUUGCUUUACAAGGUUGUGUUAGUUUCUGCUGCACAGCAAUGAAUCAGAUAUUUCCUUCCCAUUUACACAUGCUGUCUUUAAUGGGAAUUUAUACAUUUAACUGAGCCAGCCAGUGGGUGGUUUACUCUUUCAGAUAAAGACUGCUUUAUCUUGCAGAUCUCCCUUUCCUAAUUACAUUGGCCCAUUCCAGCAUCAAGAAUGACAUCAGGCAGAAGCACUUCUAGGUGGAAUUUUUUAAAAGAUGUACUAUAGUAAAUUAGGUAACUGUCAUCCUAAAUUCUUCCUUCUACAAGUAGGAAACAAGUGUCUUUAAUUGGAAUAAGAAUAUAGGGAUACAGUCAGAAUUCAGGGAAUGGAAGAUGUGGCCUAAGGGGUCCAGAGUGAAGAGAAGUACUCAAGAGGUAAGGAAAAAAAAACUAGUCAGGAAAGCAGUGUGUAACAUACCACCAUACAUAACCCCCACACACACACAUACCUGUUGUAUAUGCAUUAAGUAGCUCUAGAUUGAAGGAAACCAGUCUUAACAGUGCUUGAUUGCUUCUAAGAAGGGAAACUGGCAGCUAGGGAACUCGGGUACGAAGGGGCCUUCUCAUUGUGUGCCCCUUUUUGACUUUUGUAUCAUGUACUAGAAGGAAGUUUUACAUAUAAAAAGGAAAAUAAGGGAAGCUGGAAACACUGAACUAAAGACACUGAACUCAUUUAUGACAUGAUUAUAAUUUCUGUAUACCAGCAUAGAUGUUUUCUGGAGGUUAAAAGUGAAUUUGCUACACUUAAGCCUAAACCUUUGCAGUGUUUUAUCAAUAAUUCCUAACUCUAUAUUAAACCAGGAAGCACAUCUUUGUUCAAUUCUACCUUAUGUACUUGUAAGUUGUUAUGUACUGCUUUCCUUAACUCAGUUGUAAAUUCCUUUAGGACGUGUUAUAUUGCCUCCAUUAUGUCCUAAGCAUGUAGCAGGUACUCAUGUAUUUAUUUGGCUACUGGCAUUUCCCCAUUCAUUUUCUGGAUUAAUGACUGAAAUAAAUGGGGAAAGAUCCCGGAAAGAGUCUGGUAGAAAAUACUCGUACAAUCGGGUUGAUAGAUGGAUGAAUUGGCAGUUGUAGAGUCUUAGGUUUAUGGGCGUUUACAAUUCUUUCAGUUCCUCUAUACAUUUGAAAUAAAAUGUUGGGAGAAAGGUAAUCAGUAGGAGAAAAGUCAUCAGUAGGCUGAAGUUCUGGCCCUGCUGACAUUAAUUCACUGGGUCAACGGGUAGUAUCACUGGACCUCACCAACAAAAAGAUUGUACUAGAAUUCCUGCUUUUCAAAUAAGGUUAUAGCAUACUAUUAGAGGUAUAUAGAAACAUGGUGUUUUUUAAGAUUAACUACAGCUAUGAGGACAGUAUUAAAAUACAAAUGAACUUCUAGAAAAAAAUUCAAGCCUUCAAAUUUUGUUUGAAGUAGCCACCAAAAUGU